AUGGCUUCCUCGCAAGGGAAGAACGAGCUGCCGUUCGCCGACUGGAUGGCAGCUCUGCCCGGCAGCAUCCACCGCACCCCGCUCACCAACCUGGCCAUCCCAGGGUCUCAUGACUCAUUUAGCUUCUACAUCGAUGAAGCCUCUCCAGUUGGGCCUGAACAGCCAGAGACGGUCCAGAAUUUUGUGUCUGUUUUUGGGACUGUGGCUAAAAAACUGAUGAGGAAGUGGUUGGCUACACAGACAAUGAACUUCACCAGCCAGCUGGGGGCAGGUAUACGGUAUUUUGAUCUUAGAAUUUCCACCAAGCCCAGAGACCCAGACAAUGAACUCUACUUUGCUCAUGGUUUAUUCAGUGCCAAAGUCAAGGAGGGUCUGGAAGAGAUCAAUGCGUUUCUCACUGACCACCCAAAAGAAGUGGUCUUCUUGGACUUCAAUCACUUCUAUGGGAUGCAGAAAUACCAUCAUGAAAAGCUUGUCCAAAUGCUCAAAGACACGUACGGAAACAAAAUGUGUCCUGCUAUAUUUGCCCAUGAAGUCAGCCUCCAGUACCUGUGGGAGAAGGAACACCAAGUGCUGGUGUUCUACCACAGUCCAGUGGCUCUCGAGGUACCAUUUCUUUGGCCAGGCCAGAUGAUGCCAGCUCCGUGGGCAAACACAACAGAUCCGGAAAAACUGAUUCAAUUCCUCCAGGCAUCAAUCACUGAAAGAAGAAAGAAGGUCUUUUUUAUAUCUCAAGUAGUGCUGACACCAAAGGCUAGUACAGUGGUGAAAGGAGUUGCCAGUGGUCUCAGAGAAACGAUCACAGAAAGGGCUCUUCCUGCAAUGAUGCAGUGGGUCCGAACUCAGAAACCAGGAGAAAGUGGUGUGAAUAUUAUCACUGCAGAUUUUGUAGAACUUGGUGACUUUAUCAGCACAGUCAUAAAGCUCAACUAUGCCCUGGAUGAAGGUGAAGAUGACACUACUUGAUAGUACUAUAAUAUGUGUGUUGUUGCAUUAUUUAGAAUUUAAAAAAAAGA